AUGGGCACAGAGCAUGAGGAGAACGAGCCAACAAAGGGAGAUGAUCCAUCUCAACAGGAUGCUGUCAGUGUGAGUAUCUCCUCCUGGGAACGGUCUCAUUUCUCUGCAAACAUUUUGAUGUAAGAUGUAAAGUAUUUUCAAAUUCCUCUGUUAAAUUUUGAUCAGGAUGACGGCCAUUUCUCUAACAAGAUCCUGAAGAUUUUAGUAGAUGAGUCUAAAUCAACACGUCGCUAUUACAGAUUAAAUUUUGGCUUUAACAGGUUGAACGUUUUUCCCGUGGGAAUCUAUAUCCUGCUAACUUGGGAUGAAUUAAGUGCUGCUUGCACAGUAUGGGAUGACACUAGAUGAAUAAUACAUGUGUGUUUGGUAACUCAAUGAGUGCUGAGCGCUGCAUACGAUGUCACUGUUACUGGUUGUCAGGCAUUACCCUCAUAAACUCAAGUGACCAGUAAUGGAGGCCAUUACCAGCGAACACAAGCUUACAUCACUGGCGGCAGACCAACGGCUCUAUCUAUGUAACAUUUCCCUUUUGAACGUCUAUGAAAACUUUUCUUUCCAAACACUUGCUCAGCUCUUCCUCUCUGCAUUCAGGAUUGAUUAGCAUAUUGUUCACCCUACUGUAAUGCAAACUAGCUGACCUGAAUAAGAUAAAGUGAUAAGAGGAGAAUGGCGGCAGCAGGGUUAUGCCCUUUUGAUGUUCCACUGGUAAUUUAACCUACGUAAGCUCCUCAAUGAGAGCCAGUGGCGCCUUUGUGUUCCUCAAUUCCACCAUUGACUCCUACGGGCUCUUUGGUCCCUUGUCAAACGCUUGAUGACAGACUUACUGUAUCACGUUUGUGACUUUCACAUUAUUCCAGCCAUUGACCACAUCCCUGUUACAAUCCACUCAGACCGAAAUGGCUUUUUAAAAAGGGCAAGUUCAAUUUACUGUUACUGUGAUGACCCUCUGGCAUUAGAGAGCAAAUGUGAGCCCCUGUAUGGCUGUAGAUUGCAGAUGUGUCUGUGGAGGUGGCCACAGUGGACCACACUCUGCAAAAGCUCCGCAGGAUGUACAGAAAGACGAGACGGAAGCCCAAGGGGCUCCAGAGGCUUUGGGUCCGUCUGCUGAACAUCCCCCACCUCGCUGUCAUCAUCGCAGCUGUGGUGUUUGUGGUAGUGGUGAUCAUGUGGUCGCUGCUCUGGGUCUUCAUCUGUAAGUAAAAUGGUUCCUCUGUUUCAAGACUCAUCAAAGCUCCUGAGGUUUAGUGAGUAAAAUAACAAAAUGUCUUUAUUCUUAGUCCGCAGAGAAAGCAACAGUGGGGUGUAUUUUGCCGGUAUGUUCCGUGUUGCCAAUGUGGAGUUUAUCCCGGAGUAUCGCCAGGCAGAGUCUCUUGAGUUUGUCUCUAUGGCAAACAAAAUCCAACAUGUGGUAGGUAUCAGUGUAACCCUGUUAUUCACUAGUUGGUCCCUGCUGAACACAAGAUCUAAGAAAGUCUUUGUGGUAAUUGCUGGUGUCUGCUGAUGCAGGUGAGCAAUGUGUACAAGAUGUCCUCAGUGGCCAGACUCUACAAGCAGGCAGUCAUUUCAGACCUCAGGUACAGCGGCUCUGUUAUCUCUGUUAUUGGUGUGUAAAAGCAAAAGGAGCUGAUAUUUAUGUUUGUGCUGUUCAUUCCAGGUUCUAGUGUCAUCACGCCCUGUUUUUAACUUGCUCUAUAAAUUCUCUUUUACAGUAACAACAACAAAGGCGGUGUGUUGGUUCAUUUCUGGAUGGUGUUUGUGGUCCCUCGACUGAAGAGCACAGCAGUGUGUGAGGAGUGUGUAGGAGCUAUUUUCAAAGACUCGGUCCACACCAGCAUGAAGAACAGGUCCUCUGUGGGUUACCUCCUGGGUCUUCCAGUCGAUAUAGACUCCAUCCUUAUUAACGGUAUGUCACUGUAUUCAAACAGGCUUUAAAAUGUCCUCGAUGAAUGCAGAGAUUUAUGAUUGUGUGUUUCUGCAGCUGUUCAGCGGUCAGAUUACUCAUCCAAUGGAGCAGGUAGGAGUCAAAACUUGCCUUCAAAUUUUCCCUGCAAUACAAAGAGUAUAAAGAGUGUUUUUUUUCUUCUCUCCUCACAGGUUCUCAGUGUGUAGAUAAGCUGUAUGCCAACCUUCCUGGGACGAGUGUCCCUUUAAAUGUCUUCUCCUCAUGGGGUGUGACCUGCCAUGUAAAACUCACUGCUGUGCCCGGCUCUCUGAUCCGUCUGACUGUCUCUUCCUUCCUCAUUGAACCCAGCGACUGUGUGAACGAUGCCCUGACUGUGUACGACGCUCUGCUGCCCAUGAGAGGGCGCAUUCUGCACAGGUGAGCCUCCAGCUCAUUUCUCUCCUCGUGAGUUUAGACGUUUCAUGUAUUGAAGAGUAUCUCUCUUCUGCAGGCUGUGUGAGCCGGUGUCCACCUCAUUCUCUUUGGUGUCUACCUCUAAUGUCAUGUUGCUGUCCUUCAGGAUGACUAACGGCAACAAAGUCUUCAGAGGACACUUUGAGGCCAUUGCUGAGGAAAGUAUGUCACAUCUGCACAGAGGUUCCUGUCUCUUUGUGGCUUUUGCCCAAGUCUUCACAGUUUAAUUAUUGUCUCCUCAAAUUGAAUUUUAAGUAGUCUUAAGGGAUAAAACUACAGGCAAGUUCAAAGAUUUAAAAAAUGAGCCAAGAAAGCUGAUGAAAAUGAAGUUUAUCCUCUCUCUUGUUGACUUGAUUAUCUUUUGAUCCCUUUUGGCCUUGAGUCUGGGGCUGAGAGUUGAAUCCUGUCUCUGUUUCCCUAAGUAUGUUUGUCUCAAAUUGAGACCCAGUUAAAGCCUGACAUCUCUGGCCAGAUCUACAGCCCCUUCUACCCCAGCCUUUCACCCCCACAGUGCGCCUGCACCUGGAAAUUCAAGGUACAGUACGCACUUACACACACAUACAGGCUGAAAUCAAGCUAGCUCUUUGCUAAAGUGACCAAUGACUGAAAACUGAUUUUUAUCCUCUUUGUAUGUUGUUCCAGACCCCUGGUAGGAAUUUAGGAGUUGCAUUGCACUUUCAAAACUAUGUCCUAAAACCAAAGAACUUGAAGGCUUGCGAUCAGGGCUGGUGGAGGAUCAAUGAAAUCAUGUAUGUGGACACAACAGCAACAUAAAUAACAGUUUAAAGGAAAAUCCAUCUCAAAAUAUCAACAAAACACUCUUUCCUGUAAUUUAAUCAAUUUUCAACACAUAUCUCUGAAAAAAGACACUGUCUCCUUUGGCUAAAAGUACAUUUCCUCUGUAAUGGUAGAAUUUAUUUACACUUAAAGUUGUUGUAGAGUUGUAUCUGCUUGUUCAUUGGCCUGUUCAGCACAAUAGUACCCUUUGAUGAUUUCUGACGAUCGCUCUCCUCCAUCAGUUUCUGUGGCAACUACGUGGGACACCAAACCACGUUUCGGAUCUCUGACCACAGCCCAGAGGUGGAGUUUCGCUGCAGCUCACGUAACUCUGCUCAACCUUUUCAGGCAUCUUACAGCAGCUACAACAUCAGCCAACGUAAGUACUGCAGGGCCAGUACAGCAGAGAAGAUACACAGCAGAAAAAUGCAGAAUAAAAGUCUCAAAGGUGCUUUGUUGUACUCAAGAGAUGCAGCUGCUGAAGAACGUUGUUUGGCAUUGGAUGCUAAAAAUUAAAAAAUUAAUAUGCUUUAGGAGAAUAUACUUUUUAAUGCACUGCUGGGAUGUUACAUGACUGGAAUAACAUUUUGAUCUUUACUCCAUUAAAUAACUAUAAUCUACAUCUGAGCAGCCUGAUCAGAGAAGCUGAUCUGUCUCAAAAGAAGCAGGAAAAAUUAACAUUUGCUUCUGAUGUUUUAUUUUUUCUUUAAUUUUUGUUUCUUUUUACUUUCUUUCCUUCCAACAAAAAAUAUGUAAAUGUAAAUGUAAAUGUUAUUUAUUUAUGCAGCCCUUUACAACAACCCUUUCGGUGAACCAAAGUGCUUUACAAUACAUAGUAAAUAAAAAUGAAUAAUUAAAAACAAUAAAAAGCAAAUAAAAACAAUAAAAGCAAUUUUAAAAAAGAAUAAUAUACAAUGCAAUAAAAUAAAGUGUCAUUGCAUUUAAAAAGGCCCAGGUCAAAAAUAAAUCUGAUUUCGGUGCGGAGCUUAUUCCAGAGCCUGGGACCAGCAACUGAAAAGGCUCAGUCACCCCAGUGUUUGUGUUUUCAUCUGGGCACUUCCAGUAGAAGUUGGUUUGACUACCUCAGAGCUCUACCCGGCUCCCACAUGUUAAAAGCUCAGUUAAAUAGAUGGGGAUGAGGCCGUUAAGAGCUUUAAAAACAAACAUUAAAAAUUUAACAUCAAUCCUAAAAGAGACGGGAAACCAGUGAAAGGAGCUAAGGACAAGAGUGAUGUGCUCACAUCUGUUAGUGUUAGUUAAAAGCAUUUUGCACAAGUUGAAGAUGACUAAGAGAUGAUUAGGAGAUGCCAACAUAAAGUGCAUUACAAUAGUCUCAUCUUGAGCUGAUUAGAGCAUGGAUGACUAUCUACUAUAGUACAAUAGUAUCUAUAUACUAUAAUCCUUCUCUUCACUCUCACAUGUUUACCAGCCUGUCCAGAGAGCCACUUCCUGUGCUCCACAGGACUGUGUGUGGAGAAGAGCAGACGCUGUGAUGGUCUGGAUGACUGCCAGGAUGAAAGUGACGAGGUCUUCUGCUGUGAGUCAUCUAACAAGCUUAAUAAAACCGGUUGUUUAAAAAGUAAAGUCUUGCAUACAAAAAUCUUUUAUGUCUUCACAGCAAGGCCAACCAAGAACUGUGGAGGCAAGAGUCCUCUGCAUCCUUUGUUCGUGUGCAACGGAGAGAGUGACUGCAACAAUGGCAGAGAUGAGAUCAACUGCACUCAAGGUAAGACUUUUUACUCUUAUUUUAAACGGUUACAUCAACAAUUACUGAGCAAUAAUGAUACUGUCUCUGUCAGAAACAACCUGCUCUGCUAUAAGGUAUCAGUGCAACAGUGGCUCCUGCAUCUUGAAGAAAAAUGCUAAAUGUGAUGGUGUUUAUGACUGUCGGGACCGCAGUGAUGAGGCAGACUGUGGUAAGUGAUCCGAUUUUUCCUGCGCAGGCUGAAAAUGUGCAAGUUGCAGUUGGAGUAAGAAACUAUUAUAUGAUAUUUUUCUACAUUAAAAUUACAAGACAACAUCAACAUUUUUUCUUCAGAGUAGAUAAAACUUAAACUCCUGUUAUUAUCCUAAUUGUUUUCCUUCUUCAGUGAAUAAGUUCUCCUCAUCCAUGAUCAAACACAGAUGAACUACUUCUUAAUAAAACCUUGUGUACAUAGUGAUUAAACUGUACCCACAGUGAUGGAUCAUUCAAGUAGCCUCAUGAGAAAGUUGUCGUAAUUUCACAAUUCACUGGGCAGUCAAGUGCCAACCUGCCGACCCGCAGCGCAGAGGUGACCCAGCCGUACAAGCAGCUUCACUGUUUGCUUUUGUUUCAUAAUGGUGGGAUAUUAAGGCGAUGGGAACAGGCCUGUCUUUGAUCACACACUGACACUGGGUUUACUGUACACGUACCUAUCACACAAUAUUAGAGUUCUACUUUUAAAGUGGACAUCUUUUUGAUGGACUGAUGAUUUUGCAUGCCUUCAUAGUGGACUUUGUAGGUGUACAAGCACAUUUGAGCUGAAAACUGAAACAAGAACACUUGGCUUGGAUGACCCCUGAUCAGAACCGCUAACGACUCAUGAUUAUGAUAGUUAUAUUGAAUUUAUAAUGCAAUCAAAAUAAAGCAGCAAAUGGUCUAUGAACCCCAGGCCAGCAGAGAUGUGCAUGCACACGAGUUCAGUGAAGUUAAAGCAGCAUGAUGAUCAUAUCCAUCUGUGCGUGUUUUCCUGUCUAGUCUGUGGUCAUCCCUCUGUUGUGAAGAAAGUCGUUUCACCAAAGGGACAAGAGCGUAUUGUGGGUGGGGAUAACUCAGUGGAGGGGGAGUGGCCAUGGCAGGUCAGCCUCCACUUCUCUGGUAACCUGUACUGCGGUGCCUCAGUCCUCUCCUCUGAUUGGCUCAUCUCAGCAGCACACUGCUUCAGCAAACAGAGGUCAGUGCGUGUUACCUCAGCCUCACAACACAUUAUUGUACUGGCAACUGGACUUUCACUGAAAAGACAGAUUUAAUACAAAGAUUUUAAAAAAUUAAAGGAAAAAUGUUUUUAAAAAUGAGAAUUAUGAAUUAAUAAUCACAAAUUAAAUCUCUGAAAAAAAUGUUACAUAGUAUUAGAUUGUUUGUAUUAUUCCUCUCUUAAUUCAUGUGACACUGAAGUCAACUCAAGAAUCACAAUCAUUUCUUGACCCCAUCUGUGACCCCUCACCUUUGACUCCUCCAGACUGUCUGACCCACGUUUCUGGAGCGCUCACCUCGGCAUGCUGACUCAGGGCAGUGCCAAACACGUGGCAGAGAUCCAGCGGAUUGUGGUGCAUGAGUAUUACAAUGCGUACACGUUUGACUAUGACAUCGCUCUGCUGCAGCUGAAGAAGCCCUGGCCUCCCUCCCUCAACCCACUGGUGCAACCUGUGUGUCUGCCUCCCACCUCCCACACUGUCACCCAGAGCCACCGCUGUUGGGUCACUGGGUGGGGGUACCGCUCUGAGGAUGGUGAGAAAACUUUAAUUUUCCUUUCUAUUUUCUUUGGGUGUCACUAUUUUUAUUUCCAUUUGUUUCACUGACAGUGGCAAUCAGUCAAAUCUUAUCUCUAGCAUAUUCAAAUGCCACUUUCAAACUAGAUGUCACACACUGCAAAGGCGUGUUUCUAAGAGGAAUCUAGCUUCUUUGAGCUUUUGAACUUCCCUAACUGUGUCACAUGCAUCUCAUUAACUGUCAAAGACAACCAGAGACAUGCAAAAUACUGCAGACAAAAUACUGCAGAUAUUUUUAUGUCCUGAUAUAUCUUAAUGCCUUCAGUGUCUUUAUCUCUACCUGUGACUGUCCUGUAAGUUGCAUCACACAUCUUUUAUAAGCUUCCAAAGUUGCAUCCUCAUCCAUAAAGAACAUUUUAUGAGUAAUUCUCCUCAGCUUUUUAGUUAAAGUACAAAACUUUUUUCUUGUAAUCGAUCAUUAUGAUCUUUCCACACCUCCCCCACUGCAGACAAAGUGCUUCCCUCUGUGCUGCAGAAAGCAGAGGUGUCCAUAAUGAGUCAGACUGAGUGUAAGAAGAGCUAUGGACCUGUCUCACCCCGCAUGCUGUGUGCAGGGGUCUCCUCUGGAGAGCGGGAUGCCUGCAGGGUGAGCUCACAUCUGUCUGCUUUGUGCACCUGUAUUUUCAUUUAUACCAAGAGAUGAGACAUUGAAAGUAUCUGAAAGUGCUUUUCUGUAUCUUUCUUUGUGACCCAGGGUGACUCAGGGGGCCCUCUGACCUGUCAGGCUCCAGGCGGAGGUCGCUGGUUCCUCAUUGGCAUUGUGAGCUGGGGGGCGGGCUGUGGCCGACCGAACCUACCUGGGGUCUACACCAGGGUUAACAAGUUCACCUCCUGGAUCUACAGCCAUAUCAGCUGA